AGCUGGAUGCAGAGGAGUGGUGGAAGCUACUGUGUGUGGAGUGUCUAGGAAGCUGUCUGAACGACAUCAGCCUGGGAGAACCAGACCUGUUAGCAGCGGGGGUGCAGCGGGAGCAGAACGAGCGGUUCAACGUGUACCUGAUGCCCACUCCUAACCUGGACAUCUAUGGGGAGUGUACGAUGCAGAUCACCCAUGAGAACAUCUACUUGUGGGAUAUCCACAAUGCCCGCGUCAAACUGGUUAUGUGGCCCCUCAACUCACUGAGGAGAUACGGACGAGACUCCACCUGGUUCACCUUUGAGUCAGGAAGGAUGUGUGACACGGGGGAGGGUCUGUUUACGUUCCAGACUAGGCAGGGAGAGAUGAUGUACCAGAGAGUCCACUCAGCCACACUGUCCAUCGCACAGCAACAUGAGAGGAUGAUGGAGGAGAAGACUUCACAGACCCACUCCAACCAGACAAUGUUAACCAAGUCCAUCUCCCUGCCUCGCAGUGCCUACUGGCAUCACAUAAUGCGUCAGAACAGUGUUGGAGACAUCUACAGCUACCAAGGUACGCACAAGCUAGUCAAAUCAAAUCAAAUGUAUUUAUUAAUCCCUUCUUACAUCAGCUGAUGUCACAAAGUGCUGUACAAAAA